GGCGGCCGGCGCCUGAGCUGAGCCUGGAGUGCAGUGAGCUCCUGCGCGGGUGGGAUCGUCGGUGGGACCGGAGUGCGGGCGGGAGCGGCCCCCCGGGACCAUGGCCGGGUCCGACACCGCGCCCUUCCUCAGCCAGGCGGAUGACCCGGACGACGGGCCGGUGCCCAGCACCCCGGGGUUUCCAGGACCCGUGGGGAACCCUAAGUCUGGGGAGCCCGAGGUCCUGGACCAGGAGAGGCUGCAGCGCAUCACGGGCUUGUCCCCGGGCCAUUCGGCUCUCAUAGUGGCGGUGUUGUGCUACAUCAAUCUCCUGAACUACAUGGACCGCUUCACCGUGGCGGGCGUCCUUCCAGACAUCGAGCAGUUCUUUCGCAUCGGAGACAGUAGCUCCGGACUCAUCCAGACCGUGUUCAUCUCCAGUUACAUGGUGUUGGCACCUGUGUUUGGCUACCUGGGUGACAGGUACAAUCGGAAGUAUCUCAUGUGCGGGGGCAUUGCCUUCUGGUCCCUGGUGACACUGGGAUCAUCCUUCAUCCCCCAAGAGCGUUUCUGGCUGCUUCUCCUGACCCGGGGCCUGGUGGGGGUCGGGGAGGCCAGCUACUCCACCAUCGCGCCCACUCUCAUCGCCGACCUCUUUGUGGCGGACCAGCGGAGUCGGAUGCUCAGCGUAUUCUACUUUGCCAUCCCUGUGGGCAGCGGUCUGGGUUACAUCGUCGGCUCCAAAGUGAAGGACGUGGCUGGGGACUGGCACUGGGCUCUGAGGGUGACACCAGGUCUAGGAGUGGUGGCUGUCCUGCUGCUGUUCCUCGUAGUGCGGGAACCACCACGGGGAGCUGUGGAGCGCCACUCAGAUUCGCCACCCCUGAACCCCACCUCGUGGUGGGCAGAUCUGAGGGCUCUGUCGAGAAAUCGUAGUUUCAUCCUGUCUUCCCUUGGCUUCACUGCCGUGGCCUUUGUCACGGGCUCCUUGGCUCUGUGGGCUCCUGCAUUCCUGCGGCGUUCCCGUGUGGUCCUAGGGGAGACCCCACCCUGCCUUCCUGGAGACUCUUGCUCUUCCUCGGACAGUCUCAUCUUCGGACUCAUCACCUGCCUGACCGGGGUCCUGGGUGUGGGCCUGGGCGUGGAGAUCAGCCGCCACCUUCGCCGCUCCAACCCCCGGGCUGACCCGCUGGUCUGUGCUGCUGGCCUGCUGGGCUCUGCCCCAUUCCUCUUCCUGUCCCUCGCCUGCGCCCGUGGCAGCAUCGUGGCCACCUACAUUUUCAUCUUUGUUGGAGAGACCCUCCUGUCCAUGAACUGGGCCAUUGUGGCUGACAUUCUGCUGUACGUGGUGAUCCCCACUCGACGCUCUACUGCUGAGGCCUUCCAGAUCGUGCUGUCCCACCUGCUGGGCGAUGCCGGGAGCCCCUACCUCAUUGGCCUGAUUUCUGACCGCCUCCGCCGGAGCUGGCCCGCCUCCUUCUUGUCGGAGUUCCGGGCCCUGCAGUUCUCGCUGAUGCUCUGUGCCUUUGUUGGCGCGCUGGGCGGGGCGGCCUUCCUGGGCACCGCCAUCUUCAUUGAGGGCCACCGCCGGCGGGCCCAGCUACACGUGCAGGGUCUGCUGCAUGAGGCGGGGCCUGCCGAUGACCGUAUCGUGGUGCCCCAGCGAGGCCGCUCCACCAGGGUGCCCGUGUCCAGCGUACUCAUCUGACGGGGCCAUCGCUGGCCUAUCUGCACAUCUGCCACAGCUGGCGCUGGGCCCACCUCACGAGGUGCCCGGCCUGAACCCUCGGCCUGGCCCAGUUUCCAAGGGGACCCUGGGCCCUGUUGCAGCUCCCAGACACUACAUGGACAGUCCAGGGGAGGAGGUGGGGCUCGGGCAGCCCCAGGGGCUCGGUGCUAUUUGUAACAGAAUAAAGUUUAUAGCCAGGUCCCAAG